AGAACCCCCAAAUUUAGGCCAAGCGCCGGGUUUUCUCGUGUCAAUACACGUCCUGACACCACAUUCCUUUUCGCUUAGUCGAGAGAUCUGCAGAGCAAUUUUGCCUGAAUAGUCGAAAGAGUAGUCGUUCAAAUAGUAUUUACUGUUGAUGCGUUCACGAUAAAAAUAAUUAAAUAAUGGCAGCCGGAAUACGACUUUGCAACGCAUCUUUUGGGAUGGGUCGUGCAAACCUAUUGUUAUAGCUGGCUCCGUGUGGAAAUCACCGCCACCGUGGAAGAAAACAGCAGCUCAUGGCACCAGGCCUACACAACGUCGGGCUCCAGCCCCCUUCCAGCACCACCCGAACACUUGUGCAAGGCCUGCGGAGGCCAGCUUGACACAGUAAGAACGCAUGUCUGCGUGGACUGCAAAAACAACUUCUGCUGCCACUGCACGGUGCAGAUGGAUCACAGGCCACGGAUGUGCAACACCUGUCAGCGGCUCCAUUGCACCUUUUUUGAACGGGCAGAGUUGAUGCGGCUGAAGGUGAAGGACCUCCGUGACUACCUCCACCUGCAUGAUAUCCCCACGCAGACGUGCAGAGAAAAGGAGGAGCUGGUGGAGCUGGUGCUGGCUCAACAGACUCCUAGGGGCAGUGGCAGUGCUGACUCUGGUUCUCAGCCAACUGCACCUCCCACACCUUCUCAUCCGUUUGCUGAACCUGAGCCCCUAACAGAGGAGGAAUCGGAGGACGAGGAGGAAGAAGAGGGCGAGGAACUGGAUGAAGAGGGCGAGGAACUGGAUGAAGAUGAUGAGGAAGAGUCAACAGGCAGUGAGGAGACACUGGCACACAGCAGAAGGGCCUCCCUUUCUGACCUGAGCAGCGUGGAGGACAUUGAAGGCCUCAGUGUGCGGCAGCUAAAGGAGAUUCUGGGUCGCAACUUCGUGAACUACCAGGGCUGCUGUGAGAAAUGGGAACUGAUGGAGAAGGUCACUCACCUCUUUAAUGAUCAAAAAGACCUUCACAACCUGGUUUCGAACACAAAAAAAGAAGCAGAUGACCCUGCUGAGCCCAGCGGCCAGGAGGAGAACCUUUGCAAGAUCUGCAUGGACUCCCCCAUCGACUGCGUGCUGCUGGAGUGUGGCCACAUGGUCACAUGCAGCAAGUGUGGGAAACGCAUGAAUGAGUGUCCCAUCUGCAGACAAUACGUAGUUCGAGCCGUGCAUGUCUUCAGAUCGUGAAAUCCGGGUACAAAGAGACAGACAGACUGCCUCCCACAGGUUGUUGCUUUAAUUUACGUACAUUCUUCUAAAACACAAAACUUGUCUUAUCUCUGUCUAUGUUUACGCUCAUUCUUGGAUAUUUUUUUUUUUCAUUGUUUAAAUUUACAUAAUUUAAUGCACAUAUUAGUUUUAUCUUUACUGCGUUAUGGUGCAGCAUCUGUAUUGAAAAUCAGUGUUAUGUAAUAUUUUCAAUUCAAUUGUUGACCUUUGCCCAUCAGCGGCUGAUAAGUUGAACUUUGAAAAUAAUUAGAGGCAUUGUCAUUUAUCAACAUUAUUUACUUUAUAUUCAUAUUUGAACAUUUUAAUUUGUCUGUGUAAAUCAUAAGAUAAGCAAAUAAGGUUUAAGCAAAGUUGAAUAAGAUAAAUGAUUUAUGUUCUUUAAAGAGAGGUUAAGACAGCUUGGUGAUAAUUGACAGACCACUCUUCUAGUUUUCUUUAAACAAUUUUUACUUGGCCUAUGAGCCUCAAAAAUUGUGAUUUUCUAAUAUUCACAAUACUCAAAGGUGUGGAAUACACUAGGAAUUAGAAACUAGGAAUUUUUGGGAUUUGCAAACAGAUGGUUCACUUUAUAUUUUCUUUGGAGCACUUUUUCUCAUGUUUUUUUCUGUGUUUAUCUGUGCAAUAGUUCACUUUGUCCUUAACUGCUUUCAAAUCAUUGAUAUAACAAAACAGCUUAAAGGAAUAGUUCACCCCAAAAUGACUUUGACUCACCCUCAUGCCAUCCCAGACAUGUGUGACAGAUUUUUAGCAGGAUAUUUCAGCUCUGUAGUUCAAACAAUGCAAGUGAAUGGUGACCAAAAAAUGUUAAGGUCCACAAAGUACAUAAAAGUAAUCAAUAUGACUUUAGUGAUGCAAUCCAUGUCCUCUGAAGUGAUCCAGAGCCAGAGAACAGACCAAAAUGUAACUCCUUUUUCACUGUGCAUCUUGCCAUUGCAGACUCUCGGCACAAUAAUGAGUUAAAGCUUGAUUACAUUUCCUAGUGCUUAACGGAUGCGUUUGAAAUCGUGAUUGCCAAGGAGACUGCUGAUGUCAAGAUUUAUAGUGAAAAAAUUAGUUUAUUUUGGUCUGUUCACACCCAAAACAGAUUGGAUUGCUUCACUGGAUACUUGGAUUACUUUUAUGCUGCCUUUGUGUUUUUUUGUGCUUCAAAAUUUUGGUCACCAUUCACUUGCAUUGCAUGGACCUACAGAGCUGAAAUAUUCUUCUAAAACAUUUUGUUUGUGAUGAGCAGAAGAAGAAAGUCAUACACAUCUGGGAUGGCAAGAGGGUGAGUAAAUAAUGGGAGAAUUUUUAUUCAUUAUUUUAAGGAGCAAUUCCACUUGUUUAAGUGUUUUUUGCACUCUGUACCAGUAUUUGUACUCAUUUCCAGUGAGUAGGUGCUAUUUUCCAGGCUCUGUGCACUUCUAAUUCACAGAUUAUCCCCCUUUUUGUCUCAUGCUUUUGUCUUGAGACCAUACCUUGAGAAACUUGGGCAGAACCAGUUGCUUUCAAAUGACCAAGAGACAUUUUUGGAUUGAGUAAAUGGCUUGACAUCUGCUUCAGUACAGUCUUUCACCUAUUACUAAAGAGACUAGUUCUCCACCAUCACUAGUUAUACUAACAGGUCAGUGUUAGUCACAAGGUGCUCAUUACUGCCAACAGUUACUGUUGUAUAAUAAAGUGCGUUAACCUAAUAAAAAGUUCUCAAUUACUAUGUCAUUUUUAAACUUGAAGACUCAUGUUUGAGGAACAAGAUAUUAUUUAUUCAUAAAGUACAUUAUAAUGACUUCUAAAAGAUAAUGAAUGUAUCAUUAAUUUUGGUUAUAUGGGAAUGUUUUCAUUUAAUUUUUUGUCUGUGUCUUGGAAUGCCCAAUGGCUAGGGAAACUGAUGCAGAUUGAUGAUUCCUUGCUUUCUUGAGCUGAAUGUAGAGGACACUGAGAUCUUAUUAAACCGUCUAGUCAUUCUCUUAAACAGAGAUCCUUAAAAACUCAUAAGUUCAGUGUUUGGCCAAGUUAGCAUGUGGACACUUUAUCUGGCUAAAACAUGAAAUCUUUUAGAUUUUAUCACUCUUUAUUGGAGUCUUUCCAGGAUAUGCAAGCUGUAUAUAGUAUAUAUUUUGAUAGCUUUGUGUUUGUUAGUAAAUAUGUUAGAUAUUUGCAUAUUUAUCCAUUAUUAAAGUGUUCAAUCAAUAAAAUUAUGAAACCUAAAAUAUUAACACUGUCGGAUAUGUAUUGUUUUACUGUUCAGUCAGUCCAAACCCAGCUUCAUUCCUCAAUGUGACCACAAUAUAUGAAAAGAUUGGAUGAACAGAGACGUAUAAAGAACGUUUGAGCAAUGAGUGCAAAUGGCUGCUCUCAAGACAUAAGAUCAGUUCAUCUUGGAACUGUCAAAUGCUCACCACUGUGCUAUGCUUGGAGCUUUUAACCUGUGUAUUAACAUCUGUAAUAAAACAAAUAAAAAAGCAAAAGACAUAAAUAAAUGUGCAAGUUUACAUAUUAAGUAAAUGCCUCUUGUCAAAAACCAUGUAAUUUGUUAUUUGACCUCAAUAGACAGAGGUGCCCAAGUGUCAAGUAGAUUGCGUUGCGGUCUGAAAAUUUAAAUAUUUACAUCAAUUGUGAAAAAAUAUGAUCAGAAGAACAGGUGUGAAAUGUAGCAUUUUUAAGAUAAGAUUAUUUGGAAGCGGAAGUGUUACGAGUCUUUGCAAAUAUAUCUACACUGAAUGAAGCACUGAGAAAUUGUUCAAAAAAGAAUUAAAACAGCUUAGUCAAGUAUAACAUAUUGGAUGUGUUUUUAGACACAUUUAUGAAAAACAAUUAAGCAUAUGAGAAUUUUUUUUUUAGCUCUGCAUGCAUGAGCUAAGAAAAAAUUAAGUACUAUUGAAAGGUGCUUAGAAAUGCAUAAAUUAAUUUGUCAUGUUGAGUGGAGACACUGGAUUCUGUAUUGAUAUUUGUGUAUCCUUUUGUAUAUGUUUUUUUUUGUUGUUGUUUUGUUUGUUUUGUUUUUUUUAGAUUGAGACUGUGAUUUCUUUUUAAAUGAUCAAUAAUACAAAUCAACUGAUUACACAAUGUUCCGGAUGUGGUAAACAUUUAUCAUAAAGCUAGCAUGUUAAAUUGCCAAUAUUGUUUUAAUAUGUACUGAGCCUGAUGUGCUAAAUGCCGUAUUAAUGUAAAAGACUACAGUGGAAGCCGUCUAUAAUUAUGGCAAAUUGUUACUAUAUACAAUUAAAAAAAAUUAUGCACAUAUUUGGUUUUUGUAUCAUAUUUGGUUUUUGUAUCAAUAAACAAACGUACAACAUC